GACUGCUAGUGGCAUUUUUCUAUUUCUUGGCUCUUGCCAGUGGGAUAGCACUAACCCCUUAUAAGUACACAUGCUAGGGUUAGGGUUAAGUCACAAUACGCACAAAGGUGUACAGCUUUUUUUCCUUCUUGCUCAAUCAACCCAAAAGCUGGUUCUUUUCCUUAUUCCUCAUUCCUGUGCUUGAAUGAGUAAAUUCAUCACCAGGAACCCCCUCAACUCAUUUCCAUUGACACGUUCAGAAGAUUGUUUAGGGUUUUGAAAUAAUGAAGAAACGCCAAGUGGUAGUCAAAAGAGAUAAUGGGUCUGGAAGAUCUUCUACUACUUCAUCUUCAGUGGUGAGAAACGUGAGAUAUGGAGAGUGCCAAAAGAAUCAUGCGGCCAAUAUCGGGGGAUACACUGUGGAUGGUUGCAGGGAAUUCAUGGCAAGUGGAGAGGAAGGUACUACCGGAGCCCUUAUGUGUGCUGCUUGCGGCUGCCACAGGAAUUUCCACAGAAGGGAAGUGGAUACUGAGGUAGUUUGUGAGUAUUCUCCGCCUAAUUCUAGUCGAAGAUAGAUUUAUAACACACAUGUAGAGUGAAGAAUUAUAUAUUUAUGAUAUGAAUUUGACUGAUUGUUGUGUGAAAAUGGGAAACACAAAUUAAUCUUCAAGCAGUGUGAAUUUUCUUUCAAAAUUUGUUCAAGAUUGUAUUACUCUUCAACAAAAAUUGAGAGAUUUUCUUUUCUUUUUCUACUAA